GUUUAAUAGUGAUGAGCAACAACAAAGUUUUGAUAGCUGCAGCGGGAGUCCUAGCAUGCCUUAUAGAGGAAGACGAGAAUAUUAAUCAAAAUAGAAGUAGGAAAAGAAAAAUAUGGGUCAAAACUUCUUUGAGCAAACGAUCGUUUCAUGACGUAGAAUCAAAACUUAUCGCAGAUUUAUUACUGAAUAAUGACGGAAGUUUUAAAAAUUUUACUAGAAUAUCGUGGGAUGCAUUUGAACGGUUGCAUCAUAGUAUUGAAAGCAAAAUCAAAAAACAAAAUACCCAUAUGAGAGAAUCCAUCUCAACAAAAAUGCCUGAUACUCAAGAUGCUUGGCAAAAAAUUGAAGAAGCGUUUUUGCAAUUAUUACAUUUUCCAAACACUAUAGGGGCAAUAGAUGGAAAGCACAUUUAUAUUCAAAACCCUCCCAAUUCUGGAUCAUACUUUUUCAACUACAAGGGUCGAUUCAGCAUUGUACUUUUAGCAAUGGUAGAUGCAAAAGGAAAUUUUUUAUAUGUCGAUGUGGGAUGCAAUGGCAGAAUAUCUGAUGGAGAAAAGCCUCUGCCAGGGAGAGUUAAACCUAUACCACAUGUGAUUAUAGGUGAUGAUGCAUUCGCUUUGUCCAGACAUGUCUUAAGAAGUUUUCCUAAAGCAAAAACUACUUCUAAAGAAAAAAUUUUCAAUUUUCGCCUUUCACACUGCAGAAAUGUGGUGGAGCGUACAUUUGGACGUUUAGUCUCAAGAUUUAAAAUUUUCAAUCAACCGAUCGACUUAAAGUUAGAAAAUAUUGAAAACAUUGUAUUGGCUACUUGUGUUUUACACAAUUUUUUGAAUUCCUACGAUUCGCCUAUUGGAGCCAUAAAUUCUUGUAAUGAAAACAACUCAUUAAGCAAUAUUUCUCUACAAGGAAGCAACCGUAGCUCACAAUUUAAUCUGAUGUCAGAUUUAGAUCACACAUCAGAUUUUCAUCAGAUUUAG